CUCUGGAGCAAAACCAGAUUCAGUGUAGUUCUUCUCUUCUGCGCUUUUAGUAUCAGUCUCUAGAUUCACCUCUGCCUUUUCUUCUCCAUCCUCCCUCUCGUUUAAUUUUAGGGUUUUGCUCCAUUUCCAAACCCUUCCAUGGCAAUUUCGCAGCGUUGACCCGAAUUUCAAUUUCCUUAUCGCGAUUUUAAAUUAUUACAUUUCCUUUAAUUUCUUCAAUCAUGGUUGGGAAGACCGAUCCUGUCAAUGGUUCUGUUAAAUCUGGAUCGAAUAACCCGACCAACUCUGCAACCAUGGCGCCGAAUGCUAAAUCUGAUCUGUUCAACAUUUUGUCUUUCAAAUCGUUCAAGCUCAAGACCAAGCAACAAGAGCUUCUGAUCCGCGUCUCGAUCCUUUGUCUCGUUUAUGUUUUGGCCUUCAUUACUAGGCUUUUCAGUGUUCUGCGAUAUGAGUCGAUGAUCCAUGAGUUUGAUCCCUACUUCAAUUACCGAACUACGCUCUUCCUCACGCAGAAGGGCUUUUACGAAUUCUGGAAUUGGUUUGAUUCUGAGAGUUGGUAUCCUCUCGGUCGAAUCAUUGGAGGUACGCUCUAUCCUGGACUUAUGGUCACGGCCGCCAUUAUCUAUUGGGGGCUACGGUUUCUGAAGUUCGCCGUGCAUAUCCGUGAGGUCUGUGUAUUGACGGCUCCAUUUUUCGCGUCAAAUACUACAUUGGUUGCGUACUUUUUCGGUAAAGAAAUCUGGGACUCGGGUGCUGGACUUGUUGCAGCCGCUCUGAUUGCAAUUUGUCCAGGCUACAUUUCGAGAUCUGUUGCGGGAUCGUACGAUAAUGAAGGUGUCGCCAUUUUUGCGUUGUUAUUGACUUUCUAUCUAUUCGUGAAGGCGGUAAAUACUGGAUCUGUUGCUUGGGCUCUAGCCUCGGCUUUUGGGUACUUUUACAUGGUUUCAGCGUGGGGUGGCUAUGUGUUUAUAAUUAACUUGAUUCCACUUUAUGUGCUGGUUCUUCUGAUAACGGGCAGAUACUCAAUGCGAUUAUAUGUGGCGUAUAAUUGUAUGUACAUCUUGGGAAUGUUGCUUGCCAUGCAGAUUCGUUUUGUUGGUUUUCAGCAUGUUCAGUCUGGGGAGCAUAUGGCUGCGAUGGGCGUCUUCUUUUUGAUUCAGGUCUUUUACUUCUUGGACUGGGUGAAGUACAUGCUGAGCGAUACUAAAUUGUUCCAAUCCUUCUUGAAGAUCACCGUGACCAGUGCAGUUGCGGUGGGUACCGUUGCAUUGGGAGUUGGCACUGCGUCGGGGUAUAUAUCCCCAUGGGCUGGCCGGUUCUAUUCUCUUUUGGAUCCAACAUAUGCGAAAGAUCACAUACCUAUAAUAGCAUCUGUUUCUGAGCAUCAACCCACAGCUUGGUCAUCUUUCAUGUUUGACUUCCACAUUUUGCUUUUCCUUUUCCCAGCUGGUCUCUAUUUUUGCUUCAAGCGCUUGUCUGAUGCAACAAUUUUCAUCGUCAUGUAUGGUCUUACUAGCAUGUACUUUGCCGGAGUUAUGGUCAGGUUAAUUCUUGUUGCUACGCCUGCAGUAUGUCUUAUCAGUGCUAUAGCUGUCUCUGCUACAAUAAAGAACUUGACCCAGUUAGCGAGGGCGAAACCGAAGGUUGCUCAGAUUAGUUCUAGCAAAGGAGCCAGCAAUGUGAAGAGUUCCUCUAAGGCAUCUCUUGAUCAAUCCCAGCCUUUCCAAAGGAAUGGUGCUAUUGCGCUGCUCUUUGGUGCUUUUUACUUGCUUUCAAGGUAUGCAACCCAUUGUACAUGGGUCACCUCAGAAGCUUAUUCAUCUCCAUCAAUUGUCUUGUCUGCACGGGGCGCCCAUGGUAACAGGGUUAUCUUCGAUGACUACCGUGAGGCAUACUUUUGGCUCAGACAGAAUACUCCUCAAGAUGCUAAGGUGAUGUCAUGGUGGGAUUAUGGGUACCAAAUCACAGCAAUGGGAAACAGAACUGUCAUUGUCGACAACAAUACCUGGAAUAACACACACAUCGCUACUGUUGGACGUGCAAUGUCUUCGUAUGAAGAUGAGGCUUACGAAAUAAUGAGAUCACUCGAUGUGGAUUAUGUGCUAGUUGUCUUUGGUGGUGUGACUGGCUAUUCAUCUGAUGAUAUUAACAAAUUUUUGUGGAUGGUGAGAAUUGGAGGUGGUGUUUUCCCUGUAAUCAAAGAACCCGAUUAUCUGGUAAAUGGAGAAUAUCGAGUCGACAAAGGGGCAGCUCCCAAGAUGUUGAAUUGUCUUAUGUACAAGCUUUCAUAUUAUCGGUUCGGCGAGCUAGUAACAGAAUAUGGCAAGCCUCCUGGGUAUGAUCGUGCCAGAGGAGUUGAAAUUGGUAACAAGGACAUCAAACUGGAGCACUUGGAAGAGGCGUUCACCACAUCUAAUUGGAUAGUUCGUAUUUAUAGAGUUAAACCACCAAAUAACAGGUGGUGAUUGUUCGUUCCUUUCCCCUUCCUCUAUUUAGAACAGCUACUACUAUAGCGAAGUAGAACGAACUCUGAGUGCAACUCUUGAAAUAGUGUUAUAUGCUAGGGAAAACAAACUAAACUGGAAUUUUGCUUAUAACUUGAGCCUUAGUAUUCAAUGCCUCAAUGUUUUGAGAUCUUUUCAGA